AUGAUGAGGGACAGAGCCGAUGGGAAGAUGGCGGCCGCCUUGCUCCAAAUGACUUUCACAUACAGAGGAAUGUUAGCGGUCAGGGCGACAGGUAUCAGGCCGCUGAUACCUGGCCUCGUCCCGCCUCACUUUCGGGCCUUCUCGGUGCGAAAAGAACCGGAUUUGGAGGACAAUCCUUACUACAACAAAUACCAGGAAAAGAUUCAGAAAAUACGCAGUAGCAGGCCUGAGGAGUUCAAGGCCCGGAUGGAGAAGCGCCACGAGUCCAAGAAAGAAGUGCUCGGGUACUCCAAGCAAGCAGAAUUUGUCAGAGUCACAGAGCAGCAGUUGGAAAAGUACGACGAGAUGGCAACUGGCCUUGGAAGCGCAGGAGCAUUCACCAAAAACAAGUCGCUGGGCUCUGUCCUCAACCUGGGGCUGAUACGGGACAAGACAGGUGACGAGAUUGCAGAGCUUUGGAUGAAAUAUUAUGCCGGCAAGGACACGAUCAGCGCCGUCAUCCCGAGUCCGACAUACGAGGUCAUCAGCGCUCGGGCGCAGGCGUGUCCCACGUUCUUGUUUGCGUUGCCUCAGAAGGAGGGCUACGAGUUCUUUGUGGGUCAUUGGUCCGCCCACCAGGUCCACUUCACCUCCCUCAUCAACGUCCAGACUCACGGAGAGAGCGCUCCCAGCCAGAUGAUCCUCCACCACUUCCAGGACUUGAAGGAGGACAAGGGCAUCGUGCUGGUAACGGCGGAGCUGGACCCUAAGUUCAUCACUGUGGUGCAGGCUCAAUGUUUGGCCAAUCAGGUGCAGCUCUUCUACGCUAGCAAGACGCAAGAGACGUUCGGCUUGGUGGAGACGUUUAACCGCCGCCCGGCUGACUUCAACCACAUGUCGGUGAUUGCCGAACUCGAACGGAGCGCCGUGGGCCCUGCCAUCUAGAGUCAAGCGUGACGCGGCCAGAUGCUGGCGCAUGGCAAGACGCCCAUGUUCUGUUGAGUUGUAUUGUGCGCUGAGCAAGAUGGCAAGACGAGCAAUUUUCCAGACUACGACAACAGCCUGUGUAGUUGAAAACAUUUGUAGAUUGACUCUAUUGAGCGCAUUUGCUGCAGAGUCUUCAAAAUGAUACGCAUCAAAAUCUGAGCGGUCCGCUUCCGACUCGAACAUCCCCAGGAGAGACUUGAAAAUGCCAGUUCUGAGUACUCAACUCUGCCGCCGCGAGUCCCCGAGCGGCUGCUCUGCGGUCGCGUCUCGGGACGUGGCCGAGGUGUGGCCAAGGUUUCCGAAAGACAAGUGGAGGGCACUCCCCAGUCUGUUCCAAGUCUGUUUGCCUUCCCUCUUCUUCCUGUUCCAGUUGAGUAAGGAGGCCGAACUCUGCUCUUUGGUGACACGCAACGUCGGCCUACCGCCGGUGUUCUCUUUGCCACGGCUGACAAGGGCCCUUUUCUCAGCCUGUUGACACACACAGACUGCGUUAGGCAGAAGAAUGUGAAGAGCGGCUGACUUAGAGCGGCUGACACACACACACCUGAGUGUUGUGCGGCGUAAUCACUGCAAGCCGCACUUCUCGGGCGCCGCGCAUCUGAAGCAAGCUCACCACGUCAGCAUGUUUGGCCCACUUACAAUCGUGCCCGUCAACGGAUACGAUGUAGUCACCUUCCCUCAAGCCCGCCUCCUAAACAAGCGUGUGCGCUCACGAAGUCACUUUGUUUUUCUUUCAAAUAGUCGCUCACAAUUGUCUGGUGCUUUUCAAAAUAUUUGUAAACAUUUCCUUGUACUUGCAUAUUUUCUAACAUGUCACUAAAUUGUCAUUUGUGUUUGUGCCUUUUCCGCACAGUUGACAAGAAAUAAGGCACUGUUUUUUAGUAAAAAAAAAUCAAAAUUGGAUUCAUCCAACGAUCACCAAAAGAAUCAGGUUAAUCAUCCAUCCAUUUUCUGUACCGCUUAGUCCCCACUGGGGUCGCGGGCGUGCUGGAGCCUAUCCCAGCCGUCAUCGGGCAGUAGGCGGGGGACACCCUGAACCGGUAGCCACCCAAUCGCAGGGCACACAGAGACAAACAACCAUUUGCACUCGCACUCACACCUAGGGACAAUUUGGAGUGUUCAAUCGGCCUACCAAGCAUGUUUUUGGGAUGUGGGAGGAAACCGGAGUGCCCGGAGAAAACCCACGCGGGCCCGGGGAGAACAUGCAAACUCCACACAGGGAGGGCCGGAGGUGGAAUCGAACCCGCACCCUCCUAACUGUGAGGCGGACGUGCUACCCAAGUGCCCCACCGAGCUGCCCUCAGGUUAAUCAAUUAUUAAAAUAAUGGCCCGAGUAGAAAAUAUGAGCAAUUUAUUUGACCUCAUCAGGUUAUUUCCCAAGCAAGCAAAAUAAAGCGAAAUGAGAUUGGA